CUCUCUCUCUCUCUCGUAGCGCUCCUGUGUUCUUCAAAGUUUGAAACCAUCGAUAGCAGACGUCUACUUUUUCGACCUAGGUCUCAUUUUCUUUCUGAUCCCUUCACCAUGAGUACCUUGCCUGGUCUCCGUCGUCGCUAUGCUUAUGAAGGAAUUGCGAUUCACUAGAAUCUAGGGUUUCUUCUUGUUUUGCCUCUUGUCGUCGCAAAAGAUGAUUCCGUGGGGCGGUGUGGGCUGCUGUAUGAGUGCCGCUGCUCUCUAUCUUCUGGGCAGAAGCAGCGGAAGGGAUGCUGACGUUCUAAGGUCUGUGACGAGGGUUAACCAGCUAAAAGAUCUGGCUGUUCUUUUGGAUACUGCCUGCAAAGUUUUACCUUUUAUCGUUACUGUUUCUGGAAGAGUUGGCUCAGAGACACCUAUCCAUUGUGAACAAAGUGGUUUGAGAGGGGUAAUAGUUGAGGAGACGGCAGAGCAACACUUUCUGAAGCAUAAUGAUGCGGGAUCAUGGAUACAAGAUUCUGCUUUGAUGCUUUCCAUGAGUAAAGAGGUUCCAUGGUAUCUUAAUGAUGGGACUGGACGUGUGUUUGUUGUGGGGGCUCGAGGUUCUGCAGGUUUGGCCUUGACUGUUGCAAGUGAAGUGUUUGAGGAAUCAGGACGGUCUCUAGUACGUGGAACAUUGGAUUAUCUGCAGGGACUCAAGAUGCUUGGAGUUAAGAGAACUGAAAGAGUUCUUCCCAUGGGUACUCCCUUGACUGUGGUUGGCGAGGCUAUUAAAGAUGAUAUUGGAACAGUUCGUAUUCAACGACCACAUAAAGGUCCUUUUUUUGUCACACCAAAAAAUAUUGAUCAACUAAUCUCGAAUCUUGGGAGAUGGGCUAGGUGGUGUCAAUUUGCUUCUAUGGGGUUCACAGUUUUUGGUGUCUACCUGUUAGCAAAGUGUGCACUACAGCAUAUCCUAGAAAGGAAACGACGCUGGGAAUUGCAGAAGAGGGUUCUAGCUGCUGCUGCCCAGCGACAAGGCCAAGAUACUGAAGAUGAUAAGUCUGUAAAGUCUGUAACAUCACUUGACAUUGCAAAAAGGGACCGGAUAAUACCUGACAUCUGUGUCAUCUGCCUUGAGCAAGAAUAUAAUGCUGUUUUUGUUCCUUGUGGUCAUAUGUGCUGCUGCACAAACUGCUCUUCGCAUUUGACCAAUUGCCCACUUUGCCGGAGAAGGAUUGAACAAGCUGUGAAGACCUUCCGUCAUUAAUAUCACUGUAAGAAUAUAAUAAUAAGAGCUGUUAUGCAUUCUGUUUGUGUGCUUUGGGAGUUGAAAAUCAAAUUUGUUUGACAACUACCGAUGGCAUUGGUGAGAAUGCAGUUGACUGAGGCGGAUAUAUUUUGUUAUGACUCUGUUUGAAAUGCUGAAACAGGUGUUCUGUUCUAAUUUAGAUUUCCCUUAGCUGUAAGCCAUAUAAGUAUCCUCGUUGCAAUGCUGAAGGCUUCCGGUUGCCACCAUGUACAGUUGUACAAUUGUGAAUCUUGUGCAAAGGCUUAUUAUGAGUAUUUUUCUUUGCUUUGUUGAGUUUGCAGAGGAUAAUGUACAAACUUGAAGUUUUAUAAAUUGUUCAGAAAACC